AUGCAUUUCUUUUCAGCGAUCGUAACGGUGAACUGUGAGCAGGAGGUGCAUGUGUUCACGCCUGACGGUGACAACACUCGAAUCGUGAUCGUCAGUCCCUCUGGCAGUAUCGUUGAAGCGACCAUAGAGUCUACCGAAACUGGAAUGCGUGUGUGGUUCACUCCGUCGGAAAUUGGAGAUUACACCAUAUCUGUCACGUAUCGCGAUCUCCCUGUUGGAGAGCCUUGCCUUUUACAUUCGGUGCCUGAUGGUAACAAAGCAGAGGCAGAAUACGUUGUCUCGAGAACCGGGCCACCAAGAGCCGAUCUGGUCACCGUUACAGGACCUGGUCUUGGGCCUGUGAUCGUACAGCGAUCAACGCAUGUUUCUAUUGACUUAACCUCUGCUGGAUUCGGUGACAUUGACCUUUUCGUUGACGGACCAACAAGGACCCCGAUUCACUGCGUGGACAAUCAUGAUGGAACACUUACGAUGUAUUACGUGCCACAAACUCCAGGCGUGUACUUUUUGCGAGUGAUGUUCGACAGCAGUCAUAUUGCAGGCAGUCCAUUUCAAGUCCUAGCCGUUCCAGCCAUACUGGCAUCUUCGCUAACAAGUGAACCUGAAAUUCCGGACAGCCCAUUUACUUCAUUGUCCAAUGAAUCUUCUACACCGAAAAGCACUCCCUGUGCCUGA